UUUAUCUAUUACAUAAAUCUAUAUUUAUUAAUUGAAUUUGUUUAAAUCAAAAUUAUUUGUUCUAUAGAUCUUCUGUUUUCAACAGAUUCCUACAGUUAGUAUGUCUUUGCUUAUAAGCUGAAAGAAAAUUAGGGGUGAAUUAAAACUAAAAAUGGUUUGAAAUUCUCGUAGUCCUCUCAACAGUGCCCUGCUGAUUGAUACAAUAAACCACUGCUAAAGAGGCUUUAACAAGAAUAGACCAUUUUGGAUAUUAUCUGUGUAUACAAAAGACACAGAAUUUGACUCUGUUUGGAAAAUCAGAUGCUAAGUAGCCCCUGAAGCCCAGCAGCCUGUUAGGAAAACGGAGGGGUGGCAGGCCCUUCUAAUUGGCGGAGGUAUUUACCCAGAGGUCUGGCUUUCACAUAAAAGGCAGGAACCACUGAAGUCAGUCCCCGCUUCCAGAGUUCAAGUUAAAACAGAAAAAAAGGAAGAUGGCAAGAAUACUGUUGCUUUUCCUCCCGGGUCUUGUGGCUGUGCAUGGAAUAUUUAUGGACCGACUGGCUUCCAAGAAGCUCUGUGCAGAUGAUGAGUGUGUCUAUACUAUUUCUCUGGCUAGAGCUCAAGAAGAUUAUAAUGCCCCGGACUGUAGAUUCAUUAAUGUUAAAAAAGGACAGCAGAUCUAUGUGUACUCAAAGCUGGUAAAAGAAAAUGAAGCUGGAGAAUUUUGGGCUGGCAGUGUUUAUGGUGAAGGCCAGGACGAGAUGGGAAUCGUGGGUUAUUUCCCCAGCAACUUGGUCAAGGAGCAGCGUGUGUACCAGGAAGCUAUCAAGGAAGUUCCCACCACGGAUAUUGACUUCUUCUGCGAGUAAUAAAUUAGUUAAAGCUGCAAAUGGAAAGAAAACACCAAAAAUAAAGAAAAGAGCAAAAGUGAUUAAAAAAUGCAUGUCUUUAACUUCUGACUGACGUUGUAAGAAUUUGUUAGCUUACAGAAGAGCGAGGGCUUAGGGUUUGGAGGUGGCAGAUGCAAGAGGAUUUUCAACUCCAGUCUUGUUUCCUGCUGGCCUGGUCUUCGCACGAGCUAGAGCGGGGAGAUGUUGAGCUCAAAUGGGUAAAUCAAAACCAGAGAAUUGUUUUUCCAACUUUUUUCCAACCUAGAGAAUCUCCUUGGGGGACGCAUAUAAAAGAUCAUUUAUUUGUAGUUAUUGCUGAGCAGUAAUUCUUCCCAGCGCUCUGACUUCCUGUAUAUAAAAUAGGCGGGUCAUAGGUCUUCCUUUUAGUCAUGGUGUUUUCUACUUAUUUUUGUCUCUGGCCAACUGGAGUGUUAAUAGUGUGUCUGAAGGGGCUGUAUUAUUAAGGAGUAUUCUAGUAUUUUUGUCACCUUUAAUAUUUGAUGCCUUUUGGAGGUAAAGCUGUUGGGGGAAAGAAGAGUUUUUGGACCCAUAGGUGUUUGGAAGAUGUCUCUAAUUUGUCGUUUAGAAAAAUCUCAAAAAUGAUUUCAGUUGAAAAAUUUGCCUUCCAAAUGAUCAACUUACUUCUCCCUCAAUUUUAAAGAAAUAUGUGUAUAUAUAACAGGAGAAGGUAGUUUAUGGGAAUAGUUUUAAUGGAAUGUUUUCCCUUAAUGUGCAUCCUUGCCGGAUAUUAUUCAAGCUUCAAGUCAUCAAAAGACCCAGAAAAAAAAAAAUCUGUGGGUUAUUUUCUCUACUUCUAUUUCAACUUUGAAUUUCCUCUUCCUGUGCAAAUUUCUGUAGUCAAGUGUGAUAUGUCAAGAAAUCUGAGGGGAAUGCAGGUUUUGUGGUCCUGAUGGGCCCACAAGUUUUUCUAUAUUUAACUGGAAAUACGCUUUGAUUUUGUGUUAUUAAUAUCAUUCUUUUGAUGUAGUCAUGAGUCUUUCUUUGUUUGCAUAUAAUUAAAAUGCCUGUACUCUACUUAAUGUC